CACAACUUCAACUUAUACCAUGGACGCAUUUCCAUCGCGCUGGGGCAAGCCUCGCAACGAAAACAUUGAUGAAUACAACACUGUUCCACUCCACAAGACUUUACCAGACAAUCUUGCUCAGUCUGCAUAUGGACCAGUCACAAGAACACAACAACCAUUGGUUACAGGUACCUCAGUUAUUGCCUUGAAAUACCGUGAUGGUAUUAUGAUGGCUGCAGACAUGCUCGGAUCGUACGGCUCUCUCGCUCGAUUCCGCGAUAUUGAACGAUUGAUGCCAGUAGGCGAUUUUACUAUCGUUGGUGCAUCGGGCGAUCUCUCGGACCAGCAGUAUAUUCAACACGUCUUGGAGUCGCUCAUGGUCAAGGAGCAUUGCCAUGACGACGGCCAUGUUUUGGGUACACCACACAUAUUUGAAUAUCUUUGGCGGAUGAUGUACAGUCGACGAUCCAAAUUUAAUCCGCUCUGGAACGCUCUCAUCGUCGGUGGUUUGCAUAAGGGCGAAAAGUAUCUUGGAUAUGUCGAUCUGCGAGGCACCACUUAUCAAUCUUCUACCAUUGCUACUGGCUUUGGUGCACAUUUAGCACAGCCCAUCCUGCGAAAGCGUGUUGAAGGCAGAGAAAAUGAUCUCACUGAGGAGGAAGCGAUCGAUAUUAUCAAUGACUGUAUGCGCGUCCUGUUCUAUCGCGACGCCCGGUCCAUGAAUAAGUUCCAAAGAGCAACAAUCACAGAAGCAGGUGUCAAUGUCUCCGAACCUUACUCUGUGGAUACCGAGUGGUCUUUUGCAGAAAAGAUACGGGGAUAUGGCGCCUAAACCAAAUUUGUUUCUUUCUUUUUCCUUUCCCCAACUUUAUCCACAGUGUAAAUGCAAAGUUAUAAAAAGAAACAUCCAAUUCCAUCAGUGAUUCGUAUCGCAUCGGUCGCUAUAGUUGUUGAAACAUGGUGCACUAAUAUUACCGUAGUAUUAAAAGUGGCUUUAUGGAUUAUCAUCGAAAGUGGACCUUACCCUUAUCAACUAAUCUCGCAUUUAAAUAAUCAAAUAGAUUUUGCUUCGCUUUUCUUUCUAAAAAUUUAGUCUGCAGGAUGGUAGUUAUUUCGAAGUAUUAGCAAACGAAGAGCUAAAUACAAAUUAUACUUAUGUUGGACGGCGACAGUUCUAUUUGCACAAAAGGAUCUACAUUAUCAUCGUGGCUCAUAGCACUUUUGGGAAACCUUUUUUAUACAAAUACACCUCUAAUAUGUUGUAUUUUCUCGUUGGUAAAAUAAACUGUCCCUCAAAUAUCAA